UCUCCAUGUGCUGAAAACCAGAGUCAGAACGGAAAAGGGACUCUAAGACUUACAUUGAGGUAACAGGAAGACUGAAUUCACUCUCAAAUACUGCGACUGAAGCCAUUGGAAAAUGUGUAAAGGAUUAGCUGCCUUACCCCAAACCUGCCGAGAAAGGGCGAAGGAGAUCAAGACUAAAUUGGGCGUUUUACUGCAGAAGCCGGAAAAUGGCAUCGAUCUCAUUAUCCCCUACCCCGAGAAGACUGAGAAGAAGCCGGAGAAGCAGCAGAAGCCUACUCCGGAGGAGGCUGCUCAGUGGCGUGAGAGUCUGGAACGAGUCCUGAACAACAGCUAUGGUCUGGCAGCUUUCCGUAGCUUCCUGCAGUCUGAGUUCAGUGAUGAGAAUAUUGAGUUCUGGGUGACCUGCGAGGACUUCAAGAAGACCAAGAACCCUGUUAAGAUGGCCGCCAAGGCCAAGAAGAUCUAUGAAGAAUUCAUCCAGUCUGAGGGGCCCAGAGAGGUGAACAUUGAUCACUUCACCAAGGAUGUGACCCUGAGGAACCUGGUUGAUCUCUCCCCCAAUACCUUCGACCUGGCCCAGAAGAGGAUCUUCGCCCUGAUGGAGAAAGACUCCUUCGGUCGUUUCCUUCGGUCUGAGCAGUAUCAGGAGCUCCUGGUCAACUAAGCCAGAGCACAGUCUGAGGAGCUGUGGUCGGGGAGGUUUCAAAGAGCAGUUAGUACACAUUAAAAUAAUACGGAAUACAUUUUUGAAGUUAAAUCUUUCAAAUAAACUACCUUUGUCUCAGACAACUUGAGAAACAAAGACAAAUAUUAUAUAAUAUAAAAUGAUGUGAUAUAUUUCCUUACUUGAAUAUAACUAAAAUGAAAGACUGCCUUUUGAAAUCACCCUAUACCUCCCCAACCAACACACACACAUACACAGGUUCUUGAACUUCUAUAAAAGCAGGACAUUACACUGACAACAGGUAUUCCCUAUCCUCUUUCAGACGUGAGGGUCUCCCACAACAGGUCCCAGAAUUACCUCACAUGUCAAACAUUGGCCUCAAAAACCUGAUUGGUUUUCACAUAAAUGAAGAAAUAGAGGAACACACACACACACACAUAAAUAACUCAAUCUCUCCAGUUAAAUUAGUUCUUGAACUUUUGGAUGCAUACUUAAAAGGGUACUGGUGAAAUUAUCCUUUGAAAACAUUGUCUGACUUACACAUAAAAGGUGUUGUUGCAGCUUUGCCAGACCUGUCUAGACAUAUUUAUAUAGUUUUGUGUAAAGAUUGACCACAAUGACUGCCAUGCAUUCUGUAGCAUACUCCAAGGAUGACUUUCUAACAAAGAGCCUUAAUGCAAGGCUGUUUGAUGUCCUAAGUCAAAAAAUCCACUGACAAUUAUAUUAAUAAUUCAUUUUAUUUAACUUUACUCAACUGUGGUCAUAUAACAUUAGGUAAUGUAACACAGAUGUAGAUGGUUGAUUGUGUUGAAGCAAACUUUACUAGGGGUCAAACUGGGAACUCUAUCAGAAUUAACCAAGCUCAAAUUUAACACAAAUGAAAGUUUUUUUUGCAGUUUUGCCAACAUAAAACUUUACCCCAAAAAGAACAUACAUAAAUGUUAAAAUCUGUCUAUUAAUGGUAAAAAUAGGUACCCAGUUGGACCCACCUUUUUUGACAGACCUAAACCUCACAUUCAGUUAGACGUCAGUGACUUUUAAGUAGCCUACUUUGUGGUUUUCCCAAGGAAUUAUUAAUAAUAACAAUAAUAAUAAUAAGCCAUGAUGAGUGCCUGGACAAUAUGACCCAUAACGUUUUCUGUUUGUGAAAGAAAUCCAUUGGGAAACUCUGAAUAGAACAGUUAGACAGUUGACUGAUUCACAAAAAAAUUUCCAGCAAUGACCAAAUCAUUUAAUUUAAAGAACUUGUAACUAGUAUCAAUGCACAAGAAUUGAUUAUCACAUGUGUCUUUUUGUAUUUUCUCUCAUACAGACAGUAUAAUUUUCCCUUUUGGCUGUUAUACAUUCUGUGAGAGCCGUCCUUGAGAACAGUGCUGGCUAGUUGGCUCAGUGGUCAAGCUCCUUGGCUACCACUUAACUGCAUGUUGCUAGGAUGGGAAAAUCAAGUUGGAGGGAAUCUGAAAAAAGAAAUGAACAGAGCAGAGGUUUUAACAGAGAAAGGUUUUUUCCUUGAGGUAAUAAUACCAAUGUUGUGUGCACUGUAUGCGUGACGAGUCACUAAAAAGGUCCAGACCUGGUCUUUAUUACACCAGUGAAAAACAUGGGAGACAAAACUUGCAGGUUUGCAGCACUAAAUAAUGCCAAUACUGGUUAUUGAGAAUUAUUUUGUUGUGUUUUUUCCAAUCACAAGCCAUGGAGCACAAAUCAAAAUGUAAAGUCACAAAGGAAUUAUAGGGAAAUAGUGGCACUGCAAUCAGACAAGUAAAUACAAAAUAGUCACAGUUUAUAAAUCAGACAUUGUGUGUGCUUUUUACUUUUCUUAUUUUCCACUUUAACCACAAGUUAUUAUUCACUACAUGCUGUAAAACACUUACACACUUACACUAAGCAGAGACAUAGACAGAUGUGUAUGGUGGAUUUGGUGGUGUGCAAUGUUUAAGUGUCCUAAAUGUAUACAUUUAGUUGAAUGUAGCAGUUAUAAAGUGUGAUUAUAUUUACUCUUUUAUGCUUCUUUGUAUUUAACAAAAGCAUAUUGUCUUAACUAGCACAGGAAUAUUGUUAUCUAGAUAUUCAGCAUUUUAUAAGUCCUUAUUGUUCCCUAAAAUGCAAGUAUUGUGCACUAAUCAAAAACUAAAAGCAAAAUUGAUCAGGAGUUACAUACAUACUAACUUAUUCAUCGAUUGGGUCAAUGUAUCUUACAUUACUCAUUGGAACAACCAACAAAUCAAAAAAAAAAAGAAGAAAAAAAAAGAGAUUUAUUUCAAUUCUAAACAGCAUCAAUACAAGUUUAUUGUGGCACGGAUUAGCCAGUCUGGUGUCACAACCUUAAGUCUCAUACAAAUCAACAAUCAUGGCAAAGAUAACUCAAUAAGGGCUUUAACAGUGCUGAGUAUGAAUUAUUUGAUGUAGCCUUGCAUGUACGUUCUGUAGUCAACCACAUAAAAAUAUAUGCAUACAAUUCCUGAAGAUGUAUUUAUUUUUGUGUGAAUAUCGACUAUUUACAACAUAUUGUGUCUAAGUUAUUCUUAAAAACAACAAUGGAAUUCAUGAUUCUUUGACUAAGGAGAUGGCAAGGACUUUUCCAAGAAUCGUUUUACUGUUAUAAAAAAGGAAACUCC